AUGGCCUUCGCCGGCCAAACACCCACGAUUGUCGUGCUGAAGGAGGGCACGGAUGCUUCUCAAGGAAAGGGUCAGAUCAUCUCCAACAUCAACGCCUGUGUUGCAGUGCAGUCGACUGUCAAGAGCACUCUUGGCCCGUACGGUGGUGACCUGCUGCUGGUUGACGCCAAUGGCAAGCAGACCAUCACGAACGAUGGAGCGACGGUGAUGAAGCUUCUGGAUAUUGUGCACCCCGCCGCCCGCAUCCUUACGGACAUCGCCCGAUCCCAAGAUGCCGAAGUCGGUGAUGGAACAACCUCCGUUGUGGUCUUGGCUGGUGAGAUUCUCAAGGAGGUGCGGGAACUUGUCGAGCAGGGUGUCAGCUCGCAGACGAUCAUUAAGGGUCUGCGGCGAGCCAGCGCCAUGGCGGUCAACAAGAUUAAGGAGAUCGCGGUGGACAUGAUCGACGCAGCGGGUAACGAGGAGAAGAAGACUGAGACGCUCCGACGGCUAGCCGCGACGGCCAUGAACAGCAAGCUCAUCAAGCGCAAUUCGGACUUCUUCACAAAGAUGGUCGUGGAUGCAGUGCUUUCGCUGGACCAGGAUGACCUUAACGAGAAGCUGAUUGGUGUGAAGAAGGUAACUGGUGGUGGACUUCAGGAAUCCCUCUUCGUCAACGGUGUCGCCUUCAAGAAGACCUUCUCCUACGCUGGAUUCGAGCAACAGCCCAAGUACUUCAAGGACCCGAAGAUUGUGUGUUUGAACGUCGAGCUGGAGUUGAAGAGCGAGAAGGACAACGCCGAAGUUCGGGUAGAGCAGGUCUCCGAAUACCAGGCCAUCGUCGAUGCCGAGUGGCAGAUCAUUUACAACAAGCUCGAGGCUAUCUACAAGACGGGGGCGAAGGUGGUUCUCAGCAAGUUGCCUAUUGGUGACCUUGCCACUCAGUACUUUGCGGACCGGGAUAUCUUCUGUGCUGGCCGCGUUGCAUCCGACGACAUGGACCGUGUGUGCCAGGCCACUGGUGCCGCGACACAGUCGACAUGCAGUGACAUCCAUGACCGCCACCUGGGCACUUGUGGCUCGUUCGAGGAGCGUCAGAUUGGUGGGGAGCGCUUCAACAUCUUCUCCGAGUGCCCCGGCGCCAAGACCUGCACCCUCGUGCUGCGUGGUGGCGCGGAGCAGUUCAUUGCCGAGGUGGAGCGAAGUCUGCACGACGCAAUUAUGAUUGUCAAGCGUGCUCUGCGCAACACCACCAUCGUCGCCGGUGGCGGUGCCUGCGAGAUGGAGCUGUCCAGCCACAUGCACGGAUUCGCCGACCGCAACGUCCCGCACAAGCAGCAGGCCGUGGUCAAGGCGUUCGCCAAGGCCCUGGAGGUGAUCCCCCGCCAGCUGUGCGACAACGCUGGCUUCGACUCCACGGACAUCCUCAACCGGUUGCGUGUGGAGCACCGCAAGGGCAAUGUCUGGGCUGGUGUGGACUUUGACAAUGAGGGCGUUCGGGACAACAUGGCCGCCUUUGUGUGGGAGCCCAGUCUGGUCAAGGUCAACGCCAUCCAGGCGGCGGUGGAAGCGGCUUGCCUGAUCCUGAGUGUGGACGAGACGAUAAAGAACGAGGAGUCUGCCCAGCCUGGGGCCCCGCAACGCGGUCUGCCUCCGGGUGCUGCGCAACGGGCUCUCCGGGGCCGCGGCCGCGGGAUGCCCCGACGGGGAUAA